AUGACUGACCAUAAUGAAAACCCGGCUUUAUUAACAUUCAAUGAUAAUAAUCCUUCAACUAUAAAUAAUCCUACUACAACCGUUAAUCCAAUAAUUUCUAGUAGAGGUUUCUCGGAAAGUUCAAGUGGAUCACAUUACUCAGACGAAGAAUAUGAAACUUGGGCAAAAAUUGAUAAUGAAUUAUCAACACUUGAUCAAGCUUCUCAUUCAGAAGAAAAUCUUUUUGAUCCCAUAAAUCUUUCAUUUAAAUUAAAUGAUUAUCACAAAAAAAAUAUUUAUAAAAAUGACGAUAAUAAUAAAACUAUUUAUGAAGAUGAUGAUAACAAUAAAAUUAUUUAUGAAGAUAAUAAACCUAUUUAUAAAGAUGAUAGAACUGUUUAUAAUAAUAAAACUGUUUACACAGAUGACAAUAAUAAUAAAACUAUUUAUCCAGACGGUGAUGAUAAUAAUAAUGAAGAGGGCAGUGAUAAUGAAGAUAAUAAUCACUCAUCAUCAUCACCACAAAUAAAACUACUUGAUGAUAAUUAUAUUUCAGAAAAUAAUGAAUCAUCAAACGAUCUGAGAAACAAACACUUGUUAAUUACUAAAUCGAAAAAGAAUGAUAAUUUAUCCGCAAGUGACAUCAAGCAAAUUAAAACUAGAAAUCAAAGAAAGAAUGCUUAUGUUGCAAAAUUUGAAUUGCUUAAACAAGAAGAAACAGGAAUAUUGCAAUGGUUAAGAUUAAAUAUCGGAAAAGAGCCACCAGAUAUCGUUAAAACACCUCAACAACAACAACGACGUCAUCAAGCAUCCAAAUCAAAAUCGCAAAUUUUCUUUACAAGUUUGAAUAGACAUAGCAGCAUAAGCAAAGCUCGUUCACCUAUACCACCACUUAAUAUGCCGCCGCCUGUAAUGAAUGAUCCUACCGCUAACGCUAAGACCACUAACCCACCUUUCUCCCCCUCCUCCUCUUCAUCUACUAAAAACAACAAUAAAUUUGCUACUGUAAUUUCACCAAAACGUCGUAGGUUUAGUUUUCAAGCAAUUACAUCUAGACUUAGUGUAGGCUCAUCCGCACCUAUUUCACCUUUCCCUAAAACAAUUGAAGAAAAUAAUAAUAACGAUUCAUCCAAUUCGACUAUAGUUGUUGAUGAAAAGGCUUUAAAUAAAUUAUGUGAUGUGUUGCCAGAUGCCGAGAGAGAAGUUUUGGCAAGAUAUUUAAGAGCAGUAGGCGGAAAAGAUGAAUUAUUGGCUGUGGGACUUUAUAUGAAAGAUUUAAAAA